AUUGCUUGCUCCUUCAGUGUAAGGUACAACUAUAUAUAACAAAAAAAGCAGGUGUAUAGGUCGUCAAUUAAUUUUGCAUGUUGCAAAGACAGUAAAGAUGAAUUCGCGAGCUCUGGUAGUGUGGUUUCUUUUGUUGACGGCUGUUUUUGCGGUUACGGUGGAUGCUUCCAUCGAUGACAAAAAACAAGCUGGUGAAAACCAAGUGGAGAACUCAAAGUCGCCAUGCAAGUACGGGAAUUGUGAACAGGUUGAAGAGAUUCCUUUCGUAGAAGCAGGUGAGGUCCUUGGUGGAGAAGAAGAAGAAUCCAAAUAUAGCCAAGGAGGUAGAGGUGGCCAAGGCGGUGGAAGUGGCCAUGGAGGACACCAAGGUGGUGGAAGUGGCCAAGGAGGGUAUAAAGGCGGUGGUGGUGGCACUACAAGAAAACAUGCAGUUUGAGACUACAGUUUGUGACUCUUUUUUUGGUCACAAAUAAUUGUAACGUUUUUGGGACGAAUUUAUAACUAAUAGAAGACUACAUAAACAAUGGUUGCAAAACAGUCCCAAAAUUACUACAAACAGUUGUAGUCUCCAAAUCGUCUCAUAUUUGUGACUAUUAUAAGACUAUUAUAAGACUAUAUCAUUGUAAUCCUAAAAUAAUCGUAAAUUGUGACGAAUUAGAGACGCUUUUUAUG